AUCUCGAUAUAUACGAAAUUCAUCAUCAUUAGUGUGGAUAUAUCUCUAUCUAAGCCAUUCUACUCUUUCUUUCCCAUCAACAGAAAAAGAUUGUCACUCGCCGACGCGGCGGCUACUGCAUGGAGGUGAACGCGUUCUUCGCGGCCGUGUUGCGCGGGUUAGGGUAUCACGUCGUCAGCGUCGGCGCGAAGGUGUCGCUCGCGACGGGGGGAGGCGGGGAAGGGUUUCUUGGGUACAACCACCAACUCAGCCUCGUCACCAUCCCCAACCACCCCCACCCCUACGCCGUCGACGUCGGCUUUGGUGCCGACACCCCCACCCAGCCCCUCCCCCUCAUCCCCUCCCUCAUCACCCGCGGCUGGCACCCUACCUCCACCAUGAAACUCACCCGGAGCGCGCUCCCGGGCGGCGCAGACCCGACGCCGCGGUUUUGGGUGUAUGAGCAUAGUAGGAACUACGGGGUUGACGGAGAGGGACAGGAGGUGGAGGGGACGAAGUGGACGCCCGGGUACGCGUUUACGGAGGUGGAGUUCACGAGGGAGGAUUAUGAGGUGAUGAAUGUGGGGACGAUGGAGGGGGUAAGGAGUUUGUUUACGCGGACGGUGGUAGGGGCGCGGUUUGCGGGGUGGGAGGAGUUGGUGGAGUGGGGGGUUGUUAAGAGGGAGGCGGACGGGGAGGUGGUGGAGAGGUACGGGGGGUUAGUGGGACAGGUGACGUUGAUGGGAGGUGUGGUGAAGGUGAAGGUGAGGGGGAUGGUGGUGCGGGAGGUGAAGCUGGGGAGUGAGGAGGAGAGGGGGGAGGCGUUGGGGAGGUAUUUUGGGGUAUGGUUGACGGAGAGGGGGGAGGGGAAUAUCAAAGGUCUGGUUUCGCAUCUAAAGUGAGGGAGGAUGAUUCAGUACGGGGUAGACUCUAGGACACAGCAUAAAGGCGACAUGGCAGUGAUUAUUGCCAACACCAACGGAAUCGACUAAAUGAAGUUUUUGAUGGCAAAAUUACUGCAUUGGCAAAGGCUAGAGCAUACACUGACAAUAGCCCUUCAACCGGAUUCCCAG